GGAGGAGGGUGUGGGGAGAAUGGGGAGGCGUGGAUUCACUCUGAAGUGAUUCCUCUUGGAGCUUGCAGACCUGGCCGCCCCUCUUCUGCAUCGGAGAUAGUGACGAAUGAUUUUGUAGCGGAGGUAGAAGGUGCUAGAGGCCACCUGAAUUCUGCCCACUCUUUGGGGAAAAGACUUCCUGUUUUUAGCUAUUUCAGACCUGAUGAUGCAUGAAGAAAGCGGUGCCGCUGAUAAAUGCAAUAGACACGGGGAGAUUCCCACGACUUCUCAGCCGGAUUCUUCAAAAGCUCCACCUGAAGGCCGAGAACAGUUUUAGUGAAGAAGAGGAAGAAAAACUUCAGGCUGCGUUCUCUCUAGAGAAACAAGAACUUCACCUGGUUCUGGAGACCAUAUCAUUUGUUUUGGAACAGGCCGUGUAUCACAACGUGAAGCCAGCGACGCUGCAGCAGCAGCUAGAGACUAGUCAGCUUACAAAGGACAAAGCGGAAGCGUUCGCCAGCGCUUGGUCGGCUAUGGGUCAAGAGACGAUUGAGAAGUUCCGGCAGAGGAUCCUGGGCCCUCACAAGCUAGAGACCGUGGGAUGGCAGCUUAACCUGCAAAUGGCUCACUCAGCUCAAGCAAAGCUGCAAUCUCCCCAGGCCGUGCUGCAGCUGGCAGUGAGCAAGGACGACUGCCAGAACAUGGAGAAAGUUCUAGUGGAAUUCAAUCACAAGGAGUUGUUUGAUUUCUACAACAAGCUGGAGACCAUACAAGCCCAGCUGGAUUCCCUCACAUGAUGUUCUUGAAGACUGGCUUCACCAUCACAUUCCGGCCACCUCACUCUUUCGCACUGAAGAGAAACUGCCCAAGUGUAUUUUCGAGAGGACUCGGUGACUUUAUUCCCACAGAUACUAUAUGGCUUACUGCUUCUUAGACAAAUACCAGUGAGGGAUAUCCUAAGAGGAGCACUGGUUUCUAAGGUACCUUCUCUCCUCACAUGAGCCAAGAGCACUUGUUGAGAAAACUGUUUGAAAGAAAUGAGAAGUGAGUGCCGUGCUGGUUUUGCUGUCAGAUUGCUUUCAGGGGUCAAUGAAGGUCUGCAGGCAGAAGGUAUGACGGGUGCCCUAGCAGAAUAUGGAACCUCACCCACUGCAGUAGUUAAUCAGGGAGCAGCCACAGGCCAUCCAAUGCCCACUGCAGUAGUUAAUCAGGGAGCAGCCACAGGCCAUCAAUGUUUUGGCAUUUGUCCUACAACUUUAUUUUACUUGAGGUGUAGAGCAGGAAAGAAAUCUAAAAUGGCGCCGGUACUGCUACGAGUUAAUUCCACUGUGCUCCUCUUGACUCCCCCUGGAAUGUUUCUGACUUUAAUGAUUUAAAAAUCAUCUAGGUUUACAUAUACCUUUGCAAAUGAAUAACUUCUCAGUGUUUCAGAUCAUAAAUGAAAACUUUUAUUUGUAAUGAGUAUGACAUGGGAAUCUUACAUUUUAAAUCAGAAACUUUUUGCAUUCUCCUUUUGUGGAUAUGUUCAUUGGUUUCAGUCAAUAAAAAUUUUCUACCUUAGAAUUAUUUAAACU